GUGAUAAUGGAAGCUCGCGGUUCCGAUUUCCACUUACGAAACGACUACUUUUUCCGAUCGUACUAUUAAGAAAGUAAUAGAAAACGUAAUGUUUGGUAUCUGUGUUAUUCAAGCAUGUCCUUGUAUCCAACGAUAAGUAAGACGAUCGUUCGCUUUGGCCUAACAAAAUAUAAAGUUCGUGAGAUUUUAUUCGAGAUCAUUAAGGUUUUAACACGUAGUAUCACGGCGUGAUGCUGCCAUCUGCCGGCAAAGAGUCUAAACAACACCGAGAAAACCGAAUUUGGCGCGUAAAAUAUUUAUGAAAGAGGAACCAACGAAUUCCGUAGGACCAAGUAGGACGUAGGUCGUUCAAAUGACAAAUUAUUUCCCAAUGUUGGUACAACUGGAAAUUCAACGAUAGAAAAUGACGUUGGUCAUCCUUCCGGAUUCGAUCGCUCUUUCAGUAUAACAAGAUGGCUGAUCAGAGUGAACGUGCGUUUCAGAAGCAACCCACGAUCUUUCUUAACCGUAAGAAAGGUCUGGGCCCAAAAAGGAGGAAGCCAAUGCGGUAUAGCCGCAAUGUAGGUCUUGGCUUCAAAACACCACGUGAAGCUCUGGAAGGCACUUACAUUGACAAAAAAUGUCCAUUUACUGGUAACAUUUCUAUUAGAGGACGCAUUCUCACUGGUGUAGUACAAAAGAUGAAAAUGCAAAGGACUAUUGUCAUACGUAGGGAUUACCUUCAUUAUAUUCGAAAAUAUAACCGUUUUGAAAAACGUCAUCGUAACAUGAGUGUUCAUCUGAGCCCUUGCUUCAGAGAUGUUGAAAUUGGUGAUGUCGUAACGAUUGGAGAAUGCAGACCUCUCAGUAAGACAGUCAGAUUUAAUGUUCUGAAGGUUUCUAAAGGAACAGGAUCUAAGAAAAGUUUCAAGAAAUUCUAAGAUUAUAAAAUUCAUAAGCUAUGGAGAGGUUGACAUUGACAGGAACAGAAGAGGAAAGAGAAAUUACCAUCUUCGUUUGUAUCUUAUAAUGUUACAAAUUAAUAAAUAAAAACAUUUCUAUACAAGA